AUGAGGGUCCGUCUCAUUCCAGUCGCCCUAGUGGCUGUUGGCAUAUUCGUUUUGAGCUGGGCCGCGCUAUCUAAAGGCUGGAGAGGCUCCGGUGAAAAUGUGGCAUUCUGUGCGGAUUGCUUGGGCUAUGUCAGAGAUGUCGAUACGAUGUUCCAGAAAAAUACUGGAGCUUGGGCCAACUCGCAGUUCUUUCGUUACGCCCUCGAUAAAUCGUGUCGAGGUCGGGUCCUAAUCACCGGUCGAUGUCUGCAGUAUCGACGCAGGCUUCUUGAGAAGCCUGCGAUUUUCAUGGCGCAACUUGAUAGUCCAUACGAGGCCUACAGCACAUGUCAGGGCAGAAGAAGCGGCAUACAACGCCGACAGAACUUGGAGAUCUGCUAUACAUUAACCGCUUCGGAAUUCAGCUUAAAUCCGAACCAACGAGAUGGGUUCCUGAAGGCUCAAUGGUCUUGGACGAUGAGCGCACCACUAUCAAACGAUAACAAAUAUCUUAUAUGCGUACCUCCACCAGAAAUUCGAAGCCAAAUAUAUGGCUAUAUCUUUGAGCCUGAUAGGGCUGGCAUUUCAUGCUUCAUGUCCCUUCCACGAGCGGGACUUGGCUUCAUAAUUUUUCCGAUUACCACUUCGAUCGCACUUUUCUCGACGCAGAUAGAGGAAGCGCUACUCAUCCUAUGCGGUCGGCAAGUUACCCUACAGGAGAUCGAGAGAGCAAGCGCCAAUGUGUCACGAUACAUGGUCUACCCACAGAGCUACGCGGACCAACAGACAGGACGCUAA